GUGCGGGGCGACCCAGGGCGCCAGAGACUUCAUGGAGCACGUUCGUUCAGUGGACAUGAUGAGCCACGACCCAGUCACCAGAGAGCUCGCCGAUGGACUCGGUGCUCACAUUGAUGAUCGGGCUGCUGGCGGCGAGGCCCACCCCGCGCUGAGGGAGGCGCUCGCUCGCUUCAACGCCUGCGCCCCCGACGAGAGCGCAGGGGAGGGCUACCGCAGGAUCUCGAACGCGGAGGCGUGCCGCCACGAAUUAUUGCAGGUUUUGGUGACGGAAGGGCAACAUUACUCAGCGAGUGUGGAGCAAGAUGCCGUUGGCGAGGACGGCAGCGUGGAGCGCGGGACUACAGACUUGCACUUCCAAUUGGUACAGACAGCUGGCAGUCGGCAUAGACCUCAUUUGAUGCCUGCUAUUGCAACCCCAGUUGACAUCUCGACUUCGGCAUCGCUGGCGUGGGAGGUGAAAUUUGAAAGUAGAGUGGCAGGACCAGCGGAAAAUGCAGAUCAGCUAGCCGCGUGCAAGGUGUUCGCCGAUGGGGACCUGCAGUGGGUGAGGCCUUCCACCAUCGCCUCGUUUGGUGUCAUGAAGCGGGGGUUGUAUCGUUAUGACAAGGUGGAGGCCAGCGACGCACAGGGAGUCUUGACAUUGACG